GGCCGGAUGGCGGCGGCCGCCAUUUAGAGGGGAGGCGGGCGGGAGGCAGGGUGCAGGGCGCCGCGCCGCAGCCAGCCACCACCAUGGGCAGCGCGAGGCGGCUCCUCCUGCUGCUGCUCCUCGUCUUGCCCGCCGUCGUGCCGCCCGCUGGCGGCCGCGCAGGUUCAGGUUUAUUAGUUGCAGCUCAAGAUGCUACAGAAGAUGAAGAAGCUGUGGAAGAUACUGUAGUUGAAGAUGAAGAUGAUGAAGCUGAAGUUGAAGAAGAUGAGCCUACAGACUUGACAGAAGAAAAAGAGGAAGAAGACUUGUCGGGAGAACCUAAAGCCUCACCUAGUGCUGAUACAACCAUAUUAUUUGUGAAGGGUGAAGAUUUUCCAGCAAACAACAUUGUAAAAUUCCUGGUAGGCUUCACCAAUAAGGGUACAGAAGACUUCAUUGUUGAGUCUCUUGAUGCUUCUUUCCGGUACCCUCAGGACUACCAGUUUUACAUCCAGAACUUCACAGCUCUCCCUCUGAAUACAGUAGUUCCACCACAGAGACAAGCCACGUUUGAGUACUCUUUCAUCCCUGCUGAGCCUAUGGGUGGUCGUCCUUUUGGACUAGUUAUCAAUCUCAACUACAGAGAUGUAAACGGCAACAUGUUUCAAGAUGCUGUUUUCAAUCAGACGGUUACAAUUAUUGAAAAAGAAGAUGGACUGGAUGGAGAAACGAUCUUCAUGUACAUGUUCCUUGCUGGACUUGGUCUACUUGUUAUAGUUGGCCUACAUCAGUUGCUAGAAUCUAGGAAGAGGAAAAGACCAGUACAGAAAGUAGAGAUGGGAACAUCAAAUCAGAACGAUGUUGAUAUGAGCUGGAUUCCCCAAGAAACUUUAAAUCAAAUAAUGCAAAGUAGAAGAGAUAAAGCUUCACCAAGGAGGUUGCCCCGCAAGAGGGCACAGAAGAGAUCAGUGGGCUCUGAUGAAAAGACUCAUCCCACCAAGACUUAGGAUGCAGACGCUCAAAUGCUCUAUGGUUCCCUGGCCUCCAGAACUGCAUACGCAACUCAGAUGAUUCUUUGGCUCACCAUCCUGUGAAAUGCAUUUUAUUUGUAAGAAAGCAUAUAAAAUGCAACUAAGGCGGUUCCAACAAGAUAAAACAAAGGAUUUCUCUCGUUUGACACAUGCUUGUGGCUUUCCAGUACAUCCUGAAGAUUUCACAGCCAUAUGCAUUUGCGCAAAAAUGAAACAAGGAUGGCAGAAAGCUCCUUCUUUUACACAGAAAACAACCAAUACGCUCUCCGUCACCACACCACGCCAAAAGGACACUCACUUGUGACCGUGAGGUUAUGGUUAACAAUGAAAGGACACGCAACCCUAAGCUAACACCUGUACAGGAAAAUCAGCACCAAUGUCAUUUUCUUCUGCUUUCAGUUGCUAUUUUAAGAAACUGCCACCAAGGAGGAGCACCAUUUCAAAGGGUUUCAACUACCAGAGAACAAACGCACACGGAUUUUCAAAGUGUUACAGCUAUCUCUGGUUCAAACUCUGUCCAAAUGAAGGAAGAGAAACAGUACUACUAGUUAUGCAGGACAGCUCUGGUUUGCAUGCUGUCCUUUAACAGAAAAGCUUGAAAGCAAGUUACAACAAACCCACAAGAAGAGCCACGUCCAUUUUGUAACCUAUAAUUUUUAAAUAUAACAUUUUAUUGCUUAGAUGGUUUGAUACAGAACAACUUUUACUUUUAUUUUGAAUUUGGAAGUACUGUACAACUGAAUAAAAAGAGGAAUAAAAGUACCAAAACAAA